UUUUGGGGAUUGAAGCAUCAUCAUCAUCAUGAUGCAUUUGGUGCAUGUUUGCAAUUUAACAUAGAGAUAUAGAAAGUAAAAUCCUUUGAUUGAAUACUUGAAUUGGGAAGAGUAAGGUAAAGGAUGAAGAGAGGGAAGGAUGAUGAGAAGGUUAUGGGGCCAAUGUUCCCGAGAUUGCAUGUGAAUGAUACAGAGAAGGGAGGGCCAAAAGCACCACCAAGGAAUAAGAUGGCCCUUUAUGAACAAUUCAGUAUUCCCUCUCAAAGGUUCAACUCUGGUGUUCUUCCACUCAAUCCAAAUACUUCUACUACUAACACACCUCCACCUCCAGCAUCCUCAACCCAGGGGACUGGUCCUGAGAGAAACUAUGCGUUCCCUUAUCAAUUCCCCCCACAAACUCCUACUCGCCGAGCUGAAAAAUAUAGUGUUUCUCGCCAAUCUGAUGUGGCAAAUGGGAAUGGUUCAUUGCUACAACUCGAACAGAGAAAGAAGGUGGAUGAAGAUGACUUUAGAGUUCCUGUAUAUGUUCAUUCAAGAAUUGGUCUAUCUAACAAUAAAAGGCGUGAAAGCUUGGAUGGGGAAAAGCUCGUUCCAUCGAGCUCUAGGUAUUUUGGUUCCUCAGUAGCAGGGCAAAAUGAGUGUGUAAGGAAUCCAAAACAACUUGGCUCCUCACUCGUCAAUACGAGAAAAGAUCGGAGAAGUGAGACCGAAGGUCUUCCACAAGUGAGCACGAAUAAGGAGCAAUCGGUAGUAUUUGUCAGAAAGAUAUCAUUAACAGGAGAGAAUAUUGACAUUUUGGCCAGGCAAUCCAACGUGAAUCCAGGUCGAGAGUUUCAAGAUAGUCCUCUGUCAAAACAUAGUAGAUUACGACAGGAUGGUGCUUGCACACAGCGCGAAGGCAGAGCUGGGUCACAAUCCAAUGGCAUUGGACACGUUGAUGGCGUUGCUGAGUCUAGGAGGGAGACAGACAAAGGAAAUGUCCCUACAACAAACCAAACCAGUCCUUCAGAGGCUAUCAAUGACACUGAAUGUCAUGAUACCAGGACUGGUGCUGCGACACAGAAGAGAAACUUAAACAAAAGUGACAAUAUUUCCAAGAUUUCUGUGGUAGAGAAUUUGUCAACUUCAGAUUUAUCUCCUGAUGAUGUUGUUGGGAUUAUAGGUCAGAAACAUUUCUGGAAAGCUAGAAGAGCAAUUGCCAACCAACAAAGGGUGUUUGCAGUCCAAGUUUUUGAGUUGCACAGAUUGAUAAAGGUCCAAAAGUUGAUUGCAGGAUCACCAGAUAUUUUGAUUGAAGAUGCUGCUUUUCUUGGAAAGUCUCCCCCAAAGGGCUCUACUCCUAAAAAACUGGCAAUCGAAUAUGUUGUAAAACCUAGGCAACCAAAUCUUAAACGCAAGGAUGAAUCUGAGAAGGUACAUCAUAAAAUGGAAUGUUCAGCUGAGAAUGCAGUUGGGAAAACAUCUCUUUCAUCCGUGAAAAACGGUAGUCACCCUUCAAAUUACACCCCUUUUGCUGGGAACCCAUACCAGACAAAUUCGGCUGCUGAUAGCGAAAUGGGUUUGUGGGGUUUCCAUCAGUCUCCCGGGCACCAGUGGUUAAUUCCAGUUAUGUCUCCGUCUGAAGGGCUGGUCUAUAAGCCUUAUCCCGGGCCUGGAUUUACCGGAACUAUGUACGGAGGAUGUGGGCCGUUUGCGCCUGCUCCUAUGGGUGGUCCCUUCAUGAAUCCUGCAUAUGGAGUACCAACUUCUAAUCAAGUACCUGGGGUUCCACCAGACACACCCCCAGGCAGUCAUGCUUUCUUCCCUCCAUACGGCUUGCCAGUUAUGACUAAAGCCAUGUCGGAGUCAGCCGUUGAACAGGCAAACCAGUUCUCUGCUCGAGGCUCUCAAGGGCAAAAUGACCAUUCACAGGGUGGGGACGCCAAUCCAAGCACAAAUAAUCAAAGCUCAAAUAAUCUGCCAGAUCCGAGAAAUGGAACAAUAUCAAAUGUGAUGAGAUACCAGGCAUGCUCUAGGGAGGUUGAAUUGCAAGGGAGUUCUGCAAGUAGUCCUAGUGAAAUGGCGCAAGGGCGAACCGAUGCCGGAAGAGAUGUGCUUCCUCUUUUCCCAAUGGGUCCAGUAACACCAGAGGGUGCCCCUCAGUCUCUUGAAACCGGGCAGCAAACAAGAGUGAUCAAAGUUGUACCUCACAAUAGAAGAACAGCAACUGAAUCAGCAGCUAGAAUUUUCCGGUCGAUUCAAGAAGAAAGAAAACAGUACGAGUCAAUGUGAGUGCUGUUUAUUGAGCAUUUGAGUAGGUAAAACUUAAAAAAAAGUAUAUAUUGCAGUAAUAUUUUGGGGGGACCUUGGCAUCAUGUAACAAGCUAUUGUAUUUUUUUUCCCCUUAAAGAAACUAUACACUGGUAUGUAUGUAUGUAGAUGUAUGUAGCAUAUUAUAACUAGUCAAAAUGUAAUAUACCACUGUAAGCUAUUUCUAUAAGAACUUCUUGGUCAUGGCAUAGUAAAAACUGAUUUAGGUUCUCUUUCUCCCAUUAUGAUGGGAAAGGACCUAGGGAGGUACAUUUUGACCCAUAUGUAUAUUACCAUAGUUUUAUCAUUUCAUGUUUCAAUAAUCGCAUUUCCUCAAAAACAUUAGCUAUUGUAAUGGAAAUUCAGAGACAAUAGGCUUGUAUGUAGUGGAUAGUGUUGUAACAAUAAGGUUCUGCAGCUGUUG